AAAAAUAUUUGCUGCCAAAUAGGAAUGUAAUACACAACAAAAAACAAGAAAUACGCAAAGCUAGAGAACAUAAGAAUCGAGAGAAACAGACCCGACCCUGAUAUUGAAAUCAUGCACCGGCACUGUCAGUUUGGGCACUGUUUAGUAGACAGCAUCAAGUAUAUUUUUUAAAUUUCACGUGCUAAAUUCAGAAAAAAUCCUUCCACAAUUGCUACACGGUACGUUUCAAGCAUUUAACCGCAACGGAGUGACCGCGAUGUCGAAGCGAGGAGCGCGGCUCAUGGCCUACGUCUCGGCCGAGGAACAACUGCUGGACAUCUACUCACCGUUGGCAGGAGACGAGGUGGAAGCCAUUGUGGAUCAAAGCGCCGGAACAGAGACAGUACCUGGAGCGGACGUUGGAGCAGCCCAUGUUGAGAAUGCAGAGUCGAACUUGGACAGUAGCUUGCCCAGCGAGGACGUGCAGUUUCGUGAACAUGACCAGAAUCUGGAUCCAGCAGUGGACAGCAUGCUGCACGUGAUCUCCAACGACUCGGACAUACGUAGUCUGAUCUCGAGCGAUGAUUUCGGUAGUGGCAGCGGGUUCAAGGGCUGGGACGAACACCAGUCGUGUACGAGCAACAUAUCCGACGGAGCGCACUAUAUUUAUGGACUGUGCCGCCGCAUGUUAUCAGCCGAGGAGGCAAUGGCGACGUCCACCGCCAAUUGGGAGCGUACUCCAGAGAAACGCUCGCUAAGCUGCCAUGAUGUACAGAUUAAUGACUCGCCUGAAGAUCCUAUUUCGUUGCUGCACGCUGUCGCCCACAAUCCCAGUGUCCUGCUCACCAACGGAGGCGUCGACCAAUUCGUUUUGGUUCCCCACGGAAACGAGGACGACGACGAGCUGCAGCCGGUCGAGGAACCAUGCGUUAUCUACGAAACGGUCGAUGGCGAGAACAUGGUCAUGCUAGCGGAAGAGCAUUGCUGUGAGAUCCUCGUCGCCACGCAAGGAGUGGCUAACGAACAGGAGUUCGCUAGGGCCAUACUGAUGGCCGGCAAUGGAGGUGGAACGCUUCUGGGUCUGCUGCCCGACGAAAGGAAUCCGAAUCAGCGUCUCAACGGGGCAUACAUUGAGGAGGUGAUUGGUGGUCUCGGAGAGGACGAGGCACGAUUGACGGACGGAAACAAUGUCUACCUGAGCGAUGCCGCUCUCAGGCAGCCACUGAUACACUCCGAAAUAGUGGAGGACGAGGCGAACGAGGAGAACGAAAACGCCAGCUUUGUGGACGACACGCCAAUGGAGGAAGAACGUCCCGACAUCUGCCAGGUAUACGAUCAUGAACUAGAGGACCACGACGAAGACGAAGACUGUGUCAUGGAGCAGCAGACGCCUGUGCAACCCAUUAUGAUCACGGAGCUGGAGGAGGAGGAGCAACCCCUACAGAGUCAACCUGCCCACAGGAUGACCCGCGAGCAUAGCAGCCCCACAGAGUUUCCAGUCAGCUCCUCGUCCAUGCCGAACGGCAGCUAUAACUAUGACUACGAUGACGAUCUGAUGGAAGGGCAUGUCCCGUCGAAGGUGGCGCCAUUGAAGCGAAAGUGCCCCCAACUGAUGAAGAACACACUGUACGCGGAGGCCAUGGACCGGAGGCUAGCCAGUAUCUGUCAGGCGCAGCCCCAGAUGAGUCCAGCGGAGAAAGUGUAUAGCUGGGAGACGGCUGCCACGGAAGAGUGCUCGCCCGUCGAGGAUGUGGAGAAUUUCCAGGCUGCCUUUGAAGAGCACGAGGCUGUGAAGGCCCCGACCCAACAGCACAACUUUCUCGAAUUCCGGGAGAUGCUAACUCGCGACCUAGACAAAGUCACCCGCGAUAUUAUGGAGGCGUUCGAGUCGGCGGAGGACGAGCCGCAGGACCGGGUGGUGCAGAGGCGUCUCUUGCACGUUCUGCCCACUGAAGAGACCAUUGUGCUGGACGACGAUGAGGACGAUUGCUACGAAGUAGUUGACAUGAAUAACGCCUCUGUGACCACUUUGGUCCCGGAAAAGGAUGACACAGAGGAGGAGAUGCAGGAUCACCCUGUCGCGGACGUGAAAACCAUUGAAACUCAGACUCUUCCGGAGACUCAGAACACCAAAAAAACCUCCACCACAGACCUUAAAAAGUUCUCGCCCGAGACACCCGCAGAUACAUCCCCACCGACUCCGGGACUAGUGGCUAACGCUUCCCAGUCCCCGGCGACUCCAAGAGAAAUCCUAGAUUCCACGGAUACUACCUCGGGCGACCUUGUGGGUGCAGGGGACCGACAGCUGGCCAACCGGGUCCUAGACGUCAUGCGGCAUCAAGCUCAACACCAGUUUAUGGGACCGCAGCAGAACCAGAUGUAUCCCUACCAGGAGACGACCAGCGAGCCAUCCGAAACGCCCAUGCAGAUGGACUUGAACCGGGGACCUCAGUUCGCUAGUCCUAACGAUGCCAUGUUUUACGAGCAGCAGGAGUUCUGCAACUACCUGGGUCUCACCGAGCUGGCAACGGCCAACGCGGUGGCCACAGCUAUGCGGGAGCUGGCCAACAGCACCAUUGCUCGUCGCUCGCUUCGAGUGCGUCCCCAGCAGCAGCUGGACAGGAUGCGCAGCGAUGUGCGUGGAAAACGGCGGGGGAAGGAGCGGGAGCGGGAUCGGCAACAAGGAAACGACAAAAACAAGCCAGUGAACACAAGCAGCGAUGGGAGCACCGACAAGGACGAGAACUUCGCGUCCCAAGCGCCGCUUCCGGCUAAUGAGGGGGAUGUUAGUCUGGAAUCAGUUUGCGAAGCGACUACAGAGCCAAGCGAUCAGUUACAGCCAGUCCUUCCAGCCAAAGAUGUUUCUCUGGCGGAUCAGAUGCAGGGCGAUGGCUCGGAUGCCAGGAAGGAGCUGAGAGAAAAGUUAAAAACGCCCGUCGAGGAAGAGCCGAACACCAAUGACAAGGAACCAAAUAAGAUGAAAUGGAUUAACACGGACAUAUCCACCAUGAUGCAGGACUUGCAGAGAAAGAAGCUGGAGGAGCAUCGGGCUAAGUCUGUGGAGGCAGCCUUCGCAAAGGUUUACGAAGCGGCUGCUCCUGCCCAGUCCAAGGUGCUUGAGUGUAUGCAGCAGCGCUUGCGCCAGGCGCGCGAGAACAAACCCUCAAUCUUCAUCAUUCAGGCGACCCACAACGCUCCCUCCCAGACGCAUACGCCGACACCCACGCAGACCUCUCACAUGUCAUCGUCGCCGGCUCACCUAAUUGAGGCCUGUGGCGAUGUUUGUGCGCCGCAUCCCUCCGCGAUAGUCUCGUCAUCCAAGAAGCAGACCCACUUCAAACCACAACCGGAGAAACCAGCAGCAAACCCAUUGAAAGGCGCAACCAUUGCUGCGAAUACUAAGACAGCGAAAAUACCGAAACACAGAAAGACACAUGGAGCACCCAAACAGGAGACCCCUAGAGUUCCCAAGCGGCGGCGCACCACUGUGGCAGCUCCCCUCUCGGGGAAACAGCCUCGUGUCCGGGACUUGGUGACUCGCUCUACCACCCACUUGAACUCCAAGCUGCUGCGCAACCGCAAGGUGAACCUUCUCAAGAGCUACGCCCUCACGGAUGAAGUGUCCCAGAACCGGAGCAAGCGGUUGAGUGGCGGCACCACGCAAAGCGCCAAGAAGGUGCCAACAUCCAAGACUGCAAGGUCGGGCCUAAAGCGGACAGAGCCUGCGGAAAAGACCCUGCCCGAACAGCACCGCCUGCAGCAGCAGCAAGUGCCGCCCAACACCCCGCGCAGAAGCAAGGCCAUCAAGCCGAGCACAACACCCACAUCCACUUCCACCAACGCUCCCAUCAUACCCGUUAAGCGCACCAAACGCUUGCGUACCAAAUCCCUACCAGCUACUUUUGAGAAUGCCCCUGCUAACCAUGUAGCUGCUGCUCCGGCGGCCACUCAGUCACCCAAAGUUGUACCUAAAAUUCCUUCGGAUGAGCACAAAGCUGCUGAGCGGGAGUCGACCCCCGAGCUAGCUUAUGCCCAACCCGUUCUCAUCUACCCUCCGACCCCACAACCUGCUCCCUUAAAUUCUAAGUUCGGGGGUGAGCGGCGCGUACGCCAGAAUGCGGGAAUCGCGGCUCAUCCUAUCCCGGAGACCAACCUCCAAUAUACUCCGCCAGGCGGACUUCUGCGCCUCAACGAGGGGUCUUCGCAGCUUCCGAAUCCCCUCAACCCGUUGCACGGUCUGGUUCUGUACAUGUACUAUGAGCUGGAGCAGUUGAUCGUGGUGCAAGAGAGCUGCAUAUCCUUUUGGAAGUUCUCGAAGGUCUUCAAUGUACUCCAUCGUCCCCGGAAUUCUGCCUCGCCUCUGGGUGGGAUCCCCGAGGAACAACCUACCAAGGAGAAGGAUCUAGAGGUGGAACUGACGCCACGGUGGAUGAACCUUGGCCGAGUGCGGAGAACUACCACAGAUAUUGAGAUCGAAGCUCCAUUUGGCAGCCGGAUGUGUGUGCACAACUCCACGCCCGUGUACUUGGAGAUGCGCUGUCGUCCGUUGGAGCAACAUAAACGAGAGGUGAAAAUGACGGCGCUGCACGUGAAUGUGUAUUAUUUUUGUGAGGAGGAGUUGCGGCCCCGUAUGCAUUCCGUGCACUUGGAUUCCGUAAAAUGCGAACCAUCGAACGUGAUAUACACAAGUAUCGCAGAAUCGAGAUACUUCGUCAUGGCCUGGCAGCAGGAGAUUGUGAUGGGGAAGCCACGCUCCGGCAUCUGCAAGUACUCCCUCACCCCAACGCUGGACACACUAGCCUCGAUACGGGGGUUCAAGCAGCUGCGCCACGAGCUCUAUCACAUCGAGUGCCUGUCGGAGGACCGCUUGAUUGGCUAUGGAUACUCCCGAAUAACCGUCUGGGAUCACCGCAGUGGAGACACACUGAUGAACUACGAUUUGGGACGUCCGUUGGGCAGGUGCCUGGCAGCGAUGCACUAUCCCAGCCUUGAUGUGGACCAGAGCAGUAUGUUGGUGCUCUACCAGCUCAUGCAGGAGCCGUCCAGCCAGGCUCAAAUUCAUGUUAUCGCCUGCGAGCUGUCGCAUGCCACGCCGUCGCACCGCCUGUUGCAUGUCCAUUGCCUGCCGUCGCCACAGUUCGAGACGCCCCUGGAGUCUGUGAUGACCGGGGAUCACCUCAUCAUAAAGUCUGCGUCCAACGACGAGGCUUGGAUUAGCUCCGUCGACCCGCGUCAGCUAACCUAUUUGGCGCCCCAGGCUGACGGAGUGCAGCGCUUCUACGUCCGACACAAGUCGCAAGUAAUUGAGAUGUCGCCAAAGUCGCUCAUGGUGGACAGCAUUGCGAACCACAUGCUUAAGCUAGCCCUCCAGCAGCAGCAGAAGCAGCAUCAGCAGAUGGUUGCCCCAAUAACUGAGCCUUCGCGGCCCAGUUGUGUUGCAGCUAUGCCAGUGUAGAUAAAUUGUAGGUAGUCGUUGCCUUGAAACAAGUAUUUUGUGUUAUUGCCACACUCUUUGUUUGAAAACCACUUGGAUGACCAAUCUCUAGACGCCUUAAUUGUGCCCAAGUACGUGUCCAGAACGUGGUGCGAAUAUAAAUUUAUCAAUUGAUUAAAAUCUGAUAGUUAAUCCGUAAA